UGGGCAGAGGAUCUGAAGCAGGCUCUGCACUGACAGCAGAGAGCCAGAUGUGGGGCUUGAACUCAUAACCUGUGAGAUCAGGACCUGAGCCGAAGUCGGGGGCUUAGCUGCCUGAGCCACCCAGGUGCCACCAAGCGUGAGAGUCUUGGACUCCUAGCUCACAGAUGUGUCUUUCUGGAGUGGCAAUUCUCAAUACUGUCACCUAGGAACUAUUUCAGGGGGUCUGUGGGGCCAAAACUAUGUUCAUAAACAUCAAGAGUUUGAUAAACAUCAAGAUGUUAUUUUUUUUCUUUUGCUCUCAUUCUUUCCUGCAUGUACAGUCCAUUAGAAUUUUCUAGAAGCCAUCACACAGCAGAAAUGACUAAAUGCAGAAGCGAAAGACCAGCUGUCUUCAAUUAAGUUAGACAUAGAGGGCUUUGUGAAAAUGUAAAACAAUGCCAUUCUUCCCGCAAAAUUCUUUUGGUUUUGGAAAAUACAGUAAUUUUUUUCAUAAAAAUGUUAGUUAUGUUAAUAUGUAAUGGGUUUCUUAGUGCUAUUUUAAAUGAAGGAAUCGGCAUUUUUUAAUUUCUGAUUGUUUCUAACAUUGUGAACAUCGAUAGGUGUAACCCAAAUAAACAGCAGCCCUUCGAUGUUCUCAAUAAUUUUUAAGAGUGUGAAGGCUUCCUAAGACCCAGAAGUUUAAGAAACAUUUCUGAAGCACAGGGCAAUAUGUGAUAAAAUUUGCUUCUGAACAAGGUUGGAAAGUUUUGUAACGAAGACUAAAAGGGUUUGCGUCAGUUCCUUAUCCAUUGAGCUGGAGCCCAUUUGUCUAUUUUUCUGUGGACGUGCAGGAAAAAAGGUGGGUAUAAGCUACUGUGACACACAACAGCUUACCACAAAAUGACCUAAUGGUCCACAGCUUUGGGGGAGGAAAACCAAGCUCCCUCUUGACCUCUGUAUAGGGUACUUCCGGUUCACCCUACAGGGCAUGGGUUUGUGAGGCGUCCGUCUUCAUGUGUUCUUUCAACCAAAGGACAGGUGUUGUCCCAGUGCCUGCACAGGGCUGAGCCCCGGAGAGAUGCAGACACAGUUACCUGCCCUCACGAGGCCGACGUUCUUAUCCAAGGACACAGCAACAAACAGCCUGAAUGAACAGGAAGAUUGAGGAAGUGAAUGGGGUGAUAGAACAGUAAUUUGGAGGAUUGAGAAAUAAAUUCAUGCCAGGUACCCCAACAAAGGCUUUCCUAACGAGGCUUCAUUUGAGCCGAGAUGGGGGUGCUGAGUGGGUAGGAAGAAGAAGGGAGGGGCAUUCUGGCGGAGGGAGCCCUGAGGAAGGAUGUGGCUUUCUGGGAGUGAAGUGAGCACCAGUAGAUGAUAGAAACCGAUGGACAAAGACCGGAGUUUACAGGGCAUGGGAAGCCCUGUGAAGAAUGUGACACUAAUCCAGGUUUGACGAGAAGUCGUAGCAGCGUUUUUAAGCAAAAAAAGUGAUCGUGUUUCUGCUUUAUAAAGACCGACCUGGCAACCUUACAAUGGGUACCCCGCGGGUAGGCAAGAGAGGAAGCAGAAGGUGCAUGGGGUGGGUCUUAGGAUUGUCCAGGUGGAGUGGACGGUAAAUGGAAGUGGAAGGAAUUGAGAUCUCACUUGGGUUAGAAGAGAGCAGAACUACAGAUGGAAGGCUCUGGGUGAGGGCAGUGGACAAGCAUGACCUCUGGUUUUGGCUUGACAGCUUGUGUUUUCUUACAUCAUUCCAACAAAACUCUGUAAGGUACUUCGUUGCCUAGCUCUUUAGAGAUCAGGAAACCGAGCCCUCAGUAACUUGCUCAUGGAUCCAAACGGCCCUUCUCAACAUCAGAGCAAGUCAGAGGUCACUGCCGCUGCCCAGCGCCAUCUGUGGCUUCUUUUCCCUCGUGGCACGCCUCAGCUGUCAGCUCUAGCCACGAUAGUGACACCAGGUGUGGGUCUGAGAUGGAGGUUCCCUUCCUCCCCCUCCAGCAAAAGCCGGGACUAUUAGCUCAUCUGUGACAAGUUGCCAUGCCUCAUCUUCUGGGUCUGAGAAAUGGGACCAGAUGUAUCUGCUGGCCACCAGCCCAGGUGGGAUUUUAUUUACUGUUUUACUCACAUCCCAGGUGUGUCUGGACUCCCAGAGAAAGGGAGCAUUAUUCUUCAGUCCCUGUGAUGCAUCUUGACAGGAUGUGGGAGUCCUCCUGGGAGACAGUUCAACCUUUAUAAGAUGGAGGUGGGGUGAGGGUUUGGAAACAGUGGUGAGAUUUUUAAUCGUGAAUGAUUUGGGCUGAAAAAAUAUUACCUCUGCAUUUCAUUGGGGGUGGUGGGGUAGUCAUUUGAGAAAAGAAAGUUGUUGUUUGUAAAGCCGUCCAACUUAGUGGGUCAGAGGCUGGAUGAAGGGAAACAAGAGGCAAGGUAGAGGAAUCAGUUCUUAAAUGCGGCCGGUCCUCACCUUCCGUGUGUAAUCGCGACUCCCUGCUUUCUAGACACACAGCACAGAGCAGAAGGGGGUUAAGUCUAGGCAGACACGGAAUAUCAGACACAGAUCUGUAGUAGACAGGGACAGUUAGCUCAGUGGCAUGAGCUCCGAGGAAUCUGUCAGCGUCUGCAUAGCUGAAGAGAUGGCACGAAGCUGGCUGCUUCUCUUCCUUCCAGUGAGCUGGGCAGCCCUGUAACAAAUAACUUUCUGCUUUGGGAACUGAAAAUGCACUUUAGCAGUGAUUAUCUGCUUGCUCACCUUUAGGGCAGCCUAUCUCCUUACAACCCCCGGGUUACUUUGCAUACGCACAUAUAUACCUUGCAAUUUAAAUUUUUAUAUUUUAUUCAUAUGUGGCAGAUUUUUCCUGCAACUUGGGAGAGCACUAAAUAUUAUACGAAUAUUAUUCAAAACAUGUGCAUUCCACAAAACUCGUUUAUAUGCCAUCAUUAUCUGCAGCAUUAAAUACAUUUUAUAUCAUCAGAAAUUUUAUGAUAUAUUUAAAAAUGAAUUUCUACUUAGCUUAAAUGCGUUAGGGAUUAUCCUAAGAGACCUUGCUAAAAAUGCAGUCAUGUUUAUUUGUAACUGCCAGAAAAUGGCUUACAAAAUUGUUAGUGUCUUUUAUUAUUCCCUACCACUGGAGCACUUGCUUGUUAAUUAGAGAAAUUUCAACUGUCAUAGUUGGCAAUUAUAGCUUCUGUAUCAUUGUCUGUUAUGAAUAGUCAAUGAGAGCUGAUUAAUAUGCAUGAGCAGCAGUCUAUAUAGCGUGUGCAUUGGACCACAAUCCAGCUGCCAGAGUCCCUCAGAGGAGGGAGUGGUGUGUGUGUAUGUAUGUGUGUGUGUGUGUGUGCGUGCGUGUGUCUGUGUGUGUGUGUGUUUGUGUGUGUGUGUGUGUGUGUGUGUGCACGCUGCGAGGGAAGGAGGGGAAGCGUGGAAGGGGAGAGAGUUGUUUUCAGCCUUGGAGAGCAACGCCAAUGUGAAGUGUUGCAGCCGCCUGAUGCACCUGAGGCUCUCCGAGGAUACCUUCAUGCCUGCGCGCAGGACGCUGCUUUUCCCGGGUGCUGGCGCAUACUGAAGCCUUCCUUUGACGUUCCUCUAAACAUGGGAUGCAGUUUGUGCAGCCUGCAGAAGCAAGAGGAGCAGUACAAAUUGCUCUAUGAAGUUUGUCAGGUCAACGGCAAAGACUUAUCCAGAGCAACUCAUGACCAGGCUGUGGAAGCUUUCAAGACGGCCAAAGAGCCCAUUGUGGUACAGGUGUUGAGGAGAACCCCACGGACCAAAAUGUUCACGCCUCCAUCCGAGUCGCAGCUGGUGGACACAGGAACCCAGACCGACAUCACCUUCGAGCACAUCAUGGCUCUCACGAAGAUGUCCUCUCCCACCCCACCUGUGUUGGAUCCCUAUCUCCUGCCAGAGGAGCAUCCCUCAGCCCACGAGUACUAUGACCCCAAUGACUACAUUGGAAGCAUCCAUCAGGACAUGGACAGGGAGGAGCUGGAGUUGGAGGAAGUAGACCUCUACAGAAUGAACAGCCAGGACAAGCUGGGCCUCACAGUGUGCUACCGGACAGACGAUGAAGAGGACAUUGGGAUUUAUAUAAGUGAGAUCGACCCCAACAGCAUCGCGGCCAAGGAUGGGCGCAUCCGAGAAGGAGAUCGCAUUAUCCAGAUUAAUGGGAUAGAGGUGCAGAACCGUGAAGAGGCUGUGGCUCUUCUAACCAGUGAAGAAAACAAGAACUUUUCUUUGCUGAUUGCAAGGCCUGAACUCCAGCUGGACGAGGGCUGGAUGGACGAUGACAGAAACGACUUUCUGGACCACCUGCACAUGGACAUGCUUGAGGAGCAACACCAGCAGGCCAUGCAGUUCACCGCCAGCAUGCUGCAGCAGAAGAAGCAUGAGGAAGACGGGGGAACCACAGACACUGCCACCAUCCUGUCCAAUCAGCACGAGAAGGACAGCGGCGUGGGACGGACAGACGAGAGCACACGCAACGAUGAGAGCUCGGAGCAGGAGAACAACGUCGACGACGCCACUGCGUCAUCCACCCCGCUGGCCGGGCAGAGGAAGCUCACUUGCAGCCAGGACACCCUGGGCAGCGGCGACCUGCCGUUUAGCAAUGAGUCCUUCCUGUCUGCCGACUGCGCUGACGCCGACUACCUGGGCAUCCCCGUGGACGAGUGCGAGCGCUUCCGGGAGCUCCUGGAGCUCAAGUGCCAGGCCAAGAACAGCAACCCCUACAGCCUGUACUACGCCAGUAGCCCCCUGGACGCCAGCAAGAGCGACCCCGAGAGCGUGGACAAAGAGCUGGAGCUGCUGAACGAGGAGCUGCGCAGCAUCGAGCUGGAAUGCCUGAGCAUCGUGCGCGCGCACAAGAUGCAGCAGCUCCGGGAGCAGUACCGCGAGUCCUGGAUGCUGCACAACAGCGGCUUCCGCAACUACAACACCAGUAUCGACGUCCGCAGGCACGAGCUGUCGGACAUCACCGAGCUCCCGGAGAAAUCCGACAAAGACAGCUCGAGCGCCUACAACACGGGGGAGAGCUGCCGGAGCACCCCGCUCACCUUGGAAAUGUCCCCCGACAACUCCUUGAGGAGAGUGGCAGAGGGCAGCAGCGAGGGGGCCGUGGGGACCACAGAAGCUUACGGGCCGUCCCCAAAGAACCUGCUGGCCAUCACCGAAGAUCCCGAGGUGGGCAGCGCCAGCUACAGCCCCCCUCCUCCUCAAGAGCUGGGGACCAGCCAGGCCCUCGAGAGCAGGGAGCGGAGGCCCAGUGAUGACAGCGGGAGUCCCAGCCCCGGCCCGAAGCUGGCCGGCUCGUACCUGUCCCCCUUCCCCCACUCGCCCUACAAACACGCCCACAUCCCGGCGCACGCGCAGCACUACCAGAGCUACAUGCAGCUGAUCCAGCAGAAGUCGGCCGUGGAGUACGCGCAGAGCCAGAUGAGCCUGGUGAGCAUGUGCAAGGACCUGAACUCGGCCGGCCAGGCGGAAGCCAGGAUGGAGUGGAAAGUGAAGGUCCGCAGCGACGGCACGCGCUACAUCACCAAGCGGCCGGUGCGGGACCGCCUGCUGCGGGAGCGCGCCCUCAAGAUCCGCGAGGAGCGCAGCGGCAUGACCACCGACGACGAUGCAGUGAGCGAGCUCAAGCUGGGGCGCUACUGGAGCAAAGAGGAGAGGAAGCAGCACGUGGUGAAGGCCAAGGAGCAGAGGCGCAGGCGCGAGUUCAUGAUGCAGAGCCGGCUGGAUUGCCUCAAGGAGCAGCAAGCGGCCGACGACAGGAAGGAGAUGAACAUCCUUGAACUGAGCCACAAAAAGAUGAUGAAGAAGAGGAAUAAAAAGAUAUUUGAUAAUUGGAUGACAAUCCAGGAACUCUUAACCCACGGCACAAAAUCACCAGAUGGCACGAGAGUAUACAAUUCCUUCUUAUCCGUGACUACUGUAUAAUUUUCACUUCUGUGUCGUGUACAUAAAAGAGAACGCUACCGUUGGGGUAGAAAUUCCUGCCUCGUUCAAUGCGGCAAGUUUUUGUAUAUAAGAUAAAUACGGUCAUCCUGUUUAUAGUCCAGAUUGGCCAGCUCUGCAACUAGCUCUAUUUUAAGUGGAGAAAAACCACCCUUAACAAAGGCAAUAUUAACAAACAGAGCUUUUUUCAAAUAGCAAUUGUACUUUUUUACUUCCUACCUUUUACAUAAAGUGUUUAAAUUUCAAAAAGAUCUUUUUAUUAAGCAUACUUUCACAGAAUAAUUUGUUUAAAACUAUAUUCAUAUAAAAAAGUUAAACACGCUUUUUUUUUUUUCCUGCCGAAAACACAGAUACAACUGCCAGUGUGUAUUUUUAAUGGAACUCUAUUUUAUAAUGUUACUUUGUUGGAUGUGUUUCAUAUGAGUGACCAUUAAUAUAUAAUUUAGGUCAAGGCUUCAACUCAACACUACCAAACUGUGUGGUUAAUGAUUUAAUAUACAUAACCAAACCAGCAGUGUUUAGAGUUGGGAUACACAUUUAAACAUUUUUCUGGUUAAAGUUCCCAAGAGUGUGUAAAGGUUUUAACAGAAAGCAAAAUAUCAUGCAGCUUUAUGGAAGUUUAAAGCAUGUUUGCAAAUAUUGCAGCCCAAUGGAAGAAUUUGCAUGUACAGGAAAGUUGUGGAUGGAGAUGGUUUGUGGAAUUUUAAGUGCUCAUUGUAGUAAACCUUUGCUUUGUAGAUUUGAAGGGACAGAGUUUUACAAGCAAGCUCAUGAAAUCAUGAUUAGUUACAAACAUUAAGUAAAAUGAAGUUAAAAUAAAUUAUUAUUUUCUAUUUGACAUGUUUUGAAGUGAUUGCUCAUUUUUUUUUUGCAGUGGUGCUGAUAAAAUAAAAGCCUUUUUCAGUGUUUAUUUUUUACUUCCA